CAACCUCUCCACGCUGUGUCUGUAGGCUUGCACGCAUUAGAACCCGCCAAGUCUCAUUCCGACCUCAGUAUCUUCUCGACUUCAGCUGGACGUGGACAGUUCGGAAUAUGAAGCAUAUCUGAAGACAUCCAGGCAAACCCCGCCAAAAACUUAGUGUACGUAGAGUCUCGUGGGAAGAGCCUCACGUAUGUUUUUAAGGGGAACUAUGGGGGGAGUGUCUCAUUCGAUUCAUCACUGGACAGACUAGCCGAAGAGCCGCUGGAGCCGAUCCCGAACCGGACCCGAACUGGCUUUUUGGAGCUAUUUUACGCUGGCUGGGAAUAUAGUGCAACUUGGAUAAGCGUUAUUGUGCGUUUGGAGAGGUGAUGAAGGUGGUGCUGAUGGACGCGCUGAGUUUCCACGCGUUCGCGCUCCUGUGCGCGCUACCCACCACACUGGCAGCAAAUAACUAUCACUGCAAUGGGCCGCUGGUUUCUGCCCUUCCUCCUACGUCAUUCCAGAGUUCCUCAUCUUCCUCCGAGAGUCAGUCGCCAUAUUUUGCCAAACUCAACAGAAGAGAUGGAGGUGGUGGCUGGGCUCCAGAACGAACAGACAGGCUAAGAUGGCUGCAGGUGGACUUGCGAGAACGGGUUGAGGUCACAGCUGUGGCGACCCAAGGUCGUUUCGGAAGCCCUGAUUGGGUUACGGGUUACAUGUUGCUGUACAGUGAUGCAGGAAGAGCUUGGAAGCAGUUCAGACAAGAGGACAACAUAGGGACAUUCCCUGGAAACACAAAUUCAGAUGGGAUUGUUCACCACAAGCUCUCGCACUCCAUAAGAACACGAUUUCUGCGGUUCUUGCCAGUGGACUGGAGUCCCGGGGGAUGGAUGGGGCUCAGAGUGGAGGUCUACGGCUGUGCAUACAAGUCGGAUGUUGCAGAUUUCAAUGGCAGGAGCUCUUUGCUCUACAGGUUUAAUCAGAAGUCCACCAGCACGGUGAAAGACGUCAUCUCCCUGCGGUUUAAGAGCCAACGCGCGGACGGGGUCCUUGUGCAUGGAGAGGGGCAAAGGGGCGAUUACAUCACCCUAGAGCUGCAUAAGGGCCGCCUGGCCCUGCAUAUCAAUCUGGACGAUGCUAAGACGCACCCUAGCAGCGGCCAUGUCUCAGUGUUUCUGGGAAGUCUUCUGGACGACCAGCACUGGCACUUCGUCCUGAUCGAGCGGUUUAACAAACAGAUCAACUUUACGGUGGACAGACUAACCAAACACGUGAGGACGGGUGGGCUGGAUGAUUCUCUGGAGGUUGAUUAUGAGCUCAGCUUCGGAGGAAUCCCUCUUCCCGGAAAACCAGGCACGUUCCUGCGGAAAAACUUCCAUGGAUGUAUGGAGAACCUCUACUACAACGGCGUCAACAUUAUCGACUUGGCCAAACGACGCAAACCUCAGAUCUACAGUGUGGGAAAUGUGACUUUUACCUGCUCAGAGCCUCAACUGGUAUCUGCCACCUUCUUGAGCUCCAGCAGCAGUUUCUUGUCGCUUCCGUUGGAUGCUGCCGCCGAAACGCUGUCGGUGACGUUCCAGUUCCGGACGUGGAACCGAGAAGGGAUGCUACUGUCGGCCUGGCUGAGGCGAGAGUCCGAGAGACUGCUUUUGCUCCUCGUUCACGGGCAGCUUAGACUCACACACCACAGAUCAGCGCUGCAAAGCUCUGAUAUAGUCAUUGGUCAGGCUCUGAGUGACGGCCAGUGGCACACGGUGUCCAUUAGCGUGGGAGGUUUCCAGGUUUCCCUCUCGGUGGACGACGAGCCACCGUCCACCAUGCAGCUGAAGGACAUUGCACAGCCUGGGAGGAGCGUGCUGAUUGGAGGUUGCCCACCAGUGUUAACCAACCAGGGUUGUCGGAAUCCAACACUGGCCUAUCAAGGCUGUAUGCGCUCUGUUAUCAUUAACAACCAGCCAAUCAACUUCUACAUGGUGCAGCAAGGCCUGCUGGGAAACUACAGCAAGCUCCAUUUUGACAUCUGUGGCAUUCGUGACAGAUGUCUUCCUAACUACUGCGAGCAUGAUGGAGAAUGUUCUCAGUCCUGGAACACGUUCUUCUGUGACUGCUCGGGAACUGGAUACACGGGAGCCACCUGUCAUAACUCCAUCUUUGAACCCUCCUGCGAGGCCCACCGGCUCACAGGAAGUGCCUCAGGCUUUUUCUCAAUCGAUCCUGAUGGAAGCGGACCGCUCAAAUCCACCGUUGUCUACUGCAACAUAACCGAUGAUAAGGUUUGGACCGUAGUGAAUCACAACAGCACGGAGAUGGUGAGGGUUCAAGGGUCGUCGCUUCAGAAGCCCCACGUGAUGAAGUUUAACUACAGUGCGUCUCUGGAACAGCUGCGGACGCUUGUGGGCAGGUCUGAACAGUGCCAGCAGGAAGUUGUUUAUCUCUGCAGGAAGUCCCGCCUCUUUAACACAUGGGAUGGAACGCCCUUGUCCUGGUGGCUGGACCGGGCAGGAGAGAGAAGGACGUACUGGGGUGGAUUUCUCCCCGGGGUGCAGCAGUGCGCCUGCAGUCUGGAUGAGAACUGCAUCGAUAUGAACCACUUCUGCAACUGUGACGCUGACCGCAGCUCAUGGGAGAAUGACACGGGAAUGCUGUCCUACAAAGAGCACUUACCAGUGACCGAGAUCUUAGUAGGAGACACAAACCGAAGCGGGUCAGAAGCCAUUUACAGAGUGGGAUCUCUGCACUGCUACGGGGACAGGUUCCUGUGGAAUGCCGCCUCUUUCUAUCAGGAGUCAUCCUACCUGCACUUUCCAACGCUUCAGGCCGAGCUCAGCGUAGACAUCUCGCUGUAUUUCAAAACCACUGCUCCCUCCGGAGUCUUCCUGGAAAAUCUAGGCGCAAAAGACUUCAUUAGAGUGGAGCUCAGCGCACCCUCUGUUGUGACCUUCACAUUUGAUGUGGGUAACGGCCCAGUGGUUCUGACGGUAAAGUCUCACGUGCCGCUAAACGACAAGCAGUGGCAUUUCGUCCGAGCGGAGAGGAAUGUAAAGGAGGCGUCGCUCCAGGUGGACCAGCUGCCCUUGCGUUUCCUGGAGGCCCCGUCUGAAGGCCACACCCACCUUCAGCUCAACACCCAGCUGUUCAUUGGAGGCACCGCAUCGAGGCAGAGAGGAUUUCUAGGGUGCAUCAGGUCAUUAAAUAUCAACGGGAUGACGCUUGACCUUGAGGAGCGGGCUAAAAUGACCCCAGGGGUCAGUUCGGGGUGCCCGGGUCACUGCAGCAGCCAAAACAGCUUGUGUCACAACAGGGGGAAAUGUAUCGAGAAAAGCAGUGGCUACGUUUGUGACUGCACACACUCGGCCUACGGAGGACCCAAUUGCAAGAAAGAAGUUUCCGUGUCCUUUGAAAGCGGGUCCUCGGUGACCUACACCUUCCAGGAACCAUUUUCUGUGAUGCGCAACCACAGCCGUCAGUCCUCAGCUAUCUUCGCCCAAAGCAGCAAUUCACGAGAGAGCAUCGCCUUCAGUUUUCUCACAACUCAAACGCCCGCCAUGCUUCUGACAGUCAACACCUAUCAUCAACAGUACAUGGCCAUUAUUCUAGCUCACAACGGGAGUUUGCAGAUUUGGUAUCGGCUGAACAGAGAGAAAGAGCCUGACAUCUUCACACCAACGUCUCUUAAUUUGGCCAACGGAGAGCUCCACAGAGUCCAGAUCCAUAGAGAGGGAAGGGACAUGUACGUCCAGAUUGAUAAAGAUACCAAUCUGAAAUACAGCCUGUCCACGGACAAAGAGUUGAUCACGAUAAGGUCUUUGACAUUGGGGAAAGUCACAGGUCGAGCUGGUGUAGAUGAGGAGGUUCUCCAGGCCGGAUCGAGAGGUUUCAUCGGCUGUCUGUCUUCAGUUCAGUUUAACCAUUUGGCUCCUCUCAAGGCGGCCAUAUUGAAUCGAGGCAGCUCAUUGGUCAACGUUCUUGGUAACCUGGUAGAGUCAAAUUGUGGAGAACUGGCAGACAAAUCUUCAUCCAGAUCUUUGUCAGAUCACGCAGACACAGGAAGUAGAGGGAAGAAACUUACAAACAGUGGCCAAAGUGACUCCGCUGUAAUUGGAGGUUUGAUAGCAGCAGUAGUGCUCAUUACCCUCUGCGCCGUGGCCGUGAUGACCCGUUUCCUGUACCGCCAUCGACACGAGCGUACCCGACAGAUGGCCUCUGUCAAGGAGAAAGAACACCAGCCCAGGCCAGAACUCAGAUACCGGGCCGAGUUGGACCUACACAGUGCCAUGAGAGACAGCAGGAAAGAGUACUUCAUCUGACCUGUGGCGUACGAACCUCGGGACCCCCACUGAGUCGCUGCGACCCUACGUUCGGCGCCAACUCAGUGGACAGGGAUUGGGGACAGGAAGUCAGCUGAGCCUUGUGGACACAGCCAGUGCCCUUCACCCUCCCAACCACUGUCCUUUAGCAUCCAGGAUUCAGGGAACGGAAAGCACACAACACAGAUACGUUGAAUUAUAGCGGGACGCAGGCAGCAUGGCAGAUUUUAACAGACCCGGUUCAUAUCGGUGGUUCUUUGCUGCGGUUUUAGACAAAACGUUCCCAAGAGUUAGAAGAUCAGGUGGCUUCAAAGCUCAGAAGCCGUACCCAAACAUGGCCUUCAGCCCUUUGCAGAGGAUGGAGAAUCAAACAUUUGAAGCGACUCUUUUGCUUUCAGGGCUAAUUAUUUAACCAGACAACAAAGAGAUUACAGAAAUGUUUGUGUACGCACACAUGCGAAUCACUCUGGCAGACAAACAAACACUCAACGGUCUCCAGUCUGUGGACCGUGACCAAUCAAACGGCUCUAGUGCGGUACUAAUCCAGCACGAAUGGUCUUGUUCAGCCACAGGCGAGCACGAUGUAGUGAUGCAAAUAAAGUGGGUGAUGUUACCAGUGGGGCUCUUUCACUUCCUCCUUCCUUUGCUCUGUUUCUCCUUCAUACAUUCACUCCCUGUUUCCUUUCCUGAGGACUACUUGAAACGGUUUUCGCAAUGCAUAAAGCUUAACAGUCAUGUGACAAAUUGCAGAGUGAAAGAACAGGUUGAUUGUAUACACAAAAACAGGCGUUUGUGUUUCAGAAUGGAGGCGGGUGGUUGGAGGGAAUGGGUUGAUGAUGUCACCUCAGAAUGAGGUGGAGCAACUCAUUUCAUUUUGAUAAAAGUUUCCGAUACCAGUAGCCAUUUAAUUAUGGUUAUGUCAUAUAUUUCAGAGUGAAACUGAAAUAAUGUAGGUUGGGGAUUUUAUUCAGUGAGAUUUGAUUGGAUCAUUAAAAGUAGGAGUGAUAUAUUGGUCGGUAUUAUUUUUUCUGCCAACAUGGCCUUGGUUACAUCAGCAGAAAAGUUGUGGAAUAAGUUUUAUGAAAUCACUGAUUUGUGCACAAUAAAACUUGGAACAUUUAUUAAGAAAUUAGGCCUAUGUCGUGUCAAUUUUCAUUUCGAUUUGUCCGCAAAGACCCCAUAAAAUUAUGUGACAGCUUUUGAGACUGGAAAUUUGGAGUGUUUUCCUGUUGGCGCUUAUUUUAAAUAGCCAAAAGCCUUUACUUUACAUCAGUGGUUCUCAUCUCCAGUCCUCGAAGCUCACUGCUCUGCACAUUCUGUAUGUCUCCCUCAUUAAACACACCUGAUUCAAAUCAUCAGCUCAUUAGGAGAAAGAUCCAUGAACUAAACUGAGUGUGUCAGAUUCUGAAACAUACAAAAUGUGCAGAGCAGUGGGCCCUGACAACUGGAGUUGAGAAACACUUCUUUACAGCAUACUUUGCAGGUUAAAUGGUGUUGCUAAUCAGUUGUAGCUGGUAUCUGACAAAGAUAAGUUCUCCUGCUAGUGGAUUUUCGAGUGGAUUUGGACACAAAUCUGUAGUUCUCAAGAUCUGUUUUGCUGAAGAAUCAAGAUUGUAAAUUUGAAAUGCGCAGAGGUGCUUAACGUUUAUUUACUCAACUUUUAAAGGCGUGCUACCAUAUAAAUGGCCUCGAAGCUAAUAGACGUGAUCUUACAAGCCACGGAACUCCAAUUUUGAUUUCAUAGGGUCUUUAAGUAAAGUUAUAUGGUCAAUUUUGAUUUUAUGUUGUCUUUAAAGACUCGUUCAGUGCAUUUGUUUCUGGUGCUAUCACUCUACCACAUGCUCUUGCAGAUUUCCUGUUGGAAGUGUACGUCUGAUGCAUCCUAUAAGGAUUUCCAGGCCCUCAUGUGAAUCCUAAAAUCUGAGGUCAGUAAUUGGUUCCAAGAAAUGUUGUUCUAGAAUAAAAAAAAAAAAAGAAUGUUGAAAGGAUGUUCUACUUGCAUAAAUGACGUAAAACGAGUCUCACAUGAUGUUCUUAUCUGCUGACAAAUACAAGCUCUAAAAAGCUCUUUUCCAGAAAAAGGAUCAGAAUGUUCUUAAAACAAGAUUAAAAAGAAUAGAAUGUAGUGAAUAUAUCUUGAAUUAAGUUUAGUUUUAUCACCCUAUUGGCAGUUUUGUUGUAAGAAAGAAGAAAAAUACUGAAUACUGAAAAUACUAAUAUAUAUAUAUAUAUGCUUAAGAACCUGAAAUAAGGCCCCCAAUGUUCCUCAAACAAGUAAGAACAGACAUGUUCUUUCACAUUUACCUGUGUAAAGUCUCAUAUGCUGAUCGGAAGUGGCCAUGAUGUGUUUUCCGGGAACACAAAGUUCCCUAUGAAUCACGGAUUCGAUGAAGGGAAGGUUUCACAUUGGAGUGCAUCAAACCAGUUCUCAAAUACUCUUAGACUGGGAAUAUGAGAAUUCAUUCUGUACUGGUGGGACCUGAUUCUAUUACAUUAUAUUCCAGAGGAACUGAGUAAUGGAGUCAAAAUAUCAUUCACAGCCUUUUAAAGGUUGCCAGGUCUUUCCCGUAUAAGCCUCAAAUAUGUCUUAGAUCAUAUUAUGAUUUCUUCCUCACCGCUAUGAGAUAUAAUCUAAAUAUAAUUGGUUCCCGGACUCGACAUGAUAAAAAAAAAUGUUCCGAACAGAAUAGCGUAGGAAAGGGUCAAGAUGAGCAGAUUCUUCCGAUAAUACCCACAAUGCACCAGAGCAAAGCUUCGAGGCGGUAUCUAAUCAUCGCCCCACCCUACCCCCUCAUUUGUCAUUUUCAGUGGCGUCAGGACAAAGAAUCAGUAAUGCUAGAUAUUUAUCUAGCUGUGAUCUAUGUAAAUGUCACUCCCGCGAUGGAACAGAGAUGAUGGAUCCUUUCUCAAACAGCCCUGGGCUCAGAACUGAGUCCGAUUUACAGCUAAAUCCAUCUCAGCGUGGAUAAACACCAGCCGGAAUGUUGUACCACGAUUGGCUCAUUCCUCUCAUUAGAUUUCGCUGCGUUUCACAGAGGUAAUGAAUCCUCAAUCUCAGAUAUUCAUGCUACCGAAACUGAAAUGAAGCGGGAUAGCUUACAGAGCAAUUUUGGCAGCUCACAGGAAGUUUAAGAAGUGAUGUGGGUUUUUUAAAUUAAGCUACACAUCAUGAGGAAAACAAAAAUGGGAACUUUUUAAUGGUGGCAGUUCAUCCACACUGGAAAAGAAAAAAAUGUAGUGAAGAAACAAUUUUAACUCAGAAAUUGCUAGUAAGAUUUAGAAGUCAUUACAAAGAAAUGGCAAGUAUAUUUGACUCCGAUACCUCCGAUACCUGAAAAUUUUACAGUGCAGGGGAAAUAACCCUGUAAUAAUUCUAAAGUAAUUAAUAGGGAACGAUUCUAUUUUAAUUCUAUUCUAUUUUAAGGUCUUAAAUAAUAUCAUAUUGGUUAAUAAGGUUUAUCAAUUCGUACAUCAGUCUAAAAAGCGGCGUGAGCUGUUUGUAAAGUUUAACCAUUUGUGAGUCCAAAAGCAGGAAUAUAAAAUAGUAGCUGCUUUUUUUUUUUUUUUUUUGAAGAACCGGAGUAUCGUGUUUGUAGCCGUGGCAGUUGUGUUAUGCUGUUUUGUAGAUGUUUGGUUUUAGCUGAAACUUGCAGAAUUCGCCAAGCUGCUGUCACGUAAGGCACACAUCUCGCUUUCUCCAUAACAAGCCAGAACAUCCGGCACCCCAGAAAGCACUAACAAAUAACACACCUUUCACAGAGUUAAAUCUUGUUACCCGAACAGUCUUGGUUGCAUUGCUUAGGCUGAAUGCCACAGGUCUGCUUGUGUUUGGGGGGGAAAAAUGUGUUUGCCUAAACACAUUUUUGAAGUGCAUUUAAAUCUUUAAUGAACAUGACAAAUCACUGACGAUGUUACGGAAUAUUAUACACUAAUGACUGAUUUAUUUUGAGCUUGUUUUAUAUGGUAGAAUUAUAAAGGUGUAUUGUAAAUAAAUGUAUAUUUAAUAAAAAACAAAGACA